CAGAACUGGCUGCUGGCGACUCUUACGAUCUGUCGAGAACGAGCUCAAAGAGCGUUACCCUGUCUUCCCGCUACCGCUGGAAAGGACCGCAUAUUGCUCUUGGAAACUGUCAAAAGCGUCUCUACAUCUUCUGCCUCGCCGCGUGCUUUCCCAAACCUUCCUCUCCUCUGUAGAUAGGUAUUACGCAGCCUGAACGACCAAGCCUAUCAACUGGAGGAUCGAGCCGGAUAUCCAUCAUCCAAGGCGAGAGACGGAGGCGGUGAGGCUGGAUAUGUUGUUUGGUGUGCCUCUUGCUGGUGGCGAGGCAUCGGCGGAUGGUAUGAGUGGUCUGGCAUCGUCGUCGCCAAUGCCGAUGGACUAACCGAU